GUUACUUUCCGCGCUUCAUUCGAUGCCCUCUGUUCAUUGGUGAAUAAGGCUGAUCUCUGAUUGGGUUAUUCCUUCCACCAAUAGCAUUAGGCACUGUUCCACCAAUCAGAAGCGCCACACUGCAUUCCCCCAGCAGGUACAAGAAGGGCGAGUGCGGGAGGAUUCUCUCAUUCUCUGGGAAACUCUUGCUGAGUUUUUGGAAAUGUCUGGACGGGGAAAAGGCAGCGGCAAAGCGCGAUCCAAGGCCAAGUCUCGCUCGUCCCGGGCCGGACUGCAGUUCCCGGUGGGACGUGUUCACAGGCUCCUGAGGAAGGGCAAUUAUGCUGAGCGGGUGGGUGCCGGAGCGCCGGUCUAUCUGGCUGCUGUGCUCGAGUAUCUGACGGCUGAAGUCCUCGAGCUGGCCGGCAACGCGGCCCGGGACAACAAGAAGACCCGCAUCAUCCCCAGACAUCUGCAGCUGGCCGUCCGCAACGACGAGGAGCUCAACAAGCUGCUGGGAGGGGUGACCAUCGUUCAAGGCGGUGUGCUGCCCAAUAUCCAGGCUGUGCUGUUGCCCAAGAAAACCGGUGGUGGCAGCAAGUGA